AAAAAAAAAAAAAAAAAAAAUCUGCAUCGCGUGCAUUUUACACGCCAACGACAAAAUACAUAGUAGCAUUGCAUUGCCAGUGAGCCAUACAAUAGUGCCUCUUUGGUCUUCUCUCUCGUCCUUCGCUUGACUCCUGUUGCUCUCCUUAUACUGAUUCUCCGUGCCGGCACUCUAGUCCAAAAAGCUCAUUGUUACCAUACUCAUUUGCAAUGCUCUCGCUCAAACACAUUCACAGACCAGCCAUACGAUGGACUUCGCGUUUGCAAUUGAAAAAGACUUACACAACCGAUCGAUCUCGUCAACCUCUGCAUGAAGAAUGGGCCAAACUUGCUACAAAAGAGCUCAAGGGCAAAAAUCCUGAGGAGCACUUGACAUGGAGAACUGCUGAAGGACUCAACAUCAAGCCCGUCUACACGCAAGCAGAUACGAAAGGCAUUCCUGAUGAAAUUCCUGGUGCUUUUCCGUUCACCCGAGGCCCUUAUGCUUCCAUGUACACGGCUCGACCAUGGACAGUCCGUCAGUACGCCGGAUUCAGUACGGUCGAGGAAUCAAAUAAGUUUUAUCGAAAAAACUUAGCUGCUGGACAACAAGGUCUCAGUGUAGCUUUUGAUCUGGCCACCCACCGAGGUUAUGAUUCUGAUCAUCCUAGAGCCGUUGGUGAUGUUGGGAUGGCAGGUGUGGCAAUUGACUCGGUCGAAGAUAUGAAGAUUUUGUUUGAUGGUAUCCCUCUUAACAAGAUGUCGGUCUCUAUGACUAUGAAUGGCGCAGUAUUGCCCAUUCUGGCCAUGUUUAUUGUCGCAGGAUUGGAACAGGGAGCCAAACUGGCCGAGCUAUCCGGCACGAUCCAAAACGAUAUUUUGAAAGAAUUUAUGGUGCGCAACACCUUCAUCUACCCUCCUGAUCCAUCCAUGAAGAUCAUCGGUGACAUCUUCUCGUAUACUUCUGAAAAUAUGCCAAAGUACAACUCGAUCUCCAUCUCGGGAUAUCAUAUGCAGGAGGCAGGUGCUGACAACGUUCUUGAGAUGGCUUUUACUAUUGCGGAUGGUUUGGAAUAUAUUCGCACUGGCCUUAAAGCAGGCAUGACGGUCGACCAGUUUGCACCCCGUCUCUCCUUCUUCUGGGCCAUUGGUAUGAAUUUCUACAUGGAGAUUGCAAAAAUGAGAGCUGCCCGCCGCCUUUGGGCUGUUUUGGUCAAGGAGAAGUUCCAGCCUAAAAGUGAAAAGAGCUUACUGUUACGAACUCAUUGUCAAACCUCUGGAUGGUCUUUGACUGAGCAGGAUCCUUAUAACAAUGUCAUUCGCACGACCGUUGAAGCAAUGGCUGCUACCUUAGGAGGCACGCAGUCUCUUCACACAAACGCGUUUGACGAAGCCAUCGGUCUGCCAACUGAAUUCAGUGCCCGCAUUGCCCGUAAUACGCAGCUGAUCUUACAAGAGGAGGCAUUCAUUCCCAAAGUAGCUGAUCCAUGGGGAGGUUCCUACAUGAUGGAAUCAAUGACCAAUGAUAUGUAUGAUGCUGCUAAGAAGAUUGUCGAGGAAGUCGAAGCGAUGGGAGGUAUGGCCAAGGCUGUAGCAAGUGGAAUGCCAAAGCUUAGGAUCGAAGAAUCCGCUGCUAAGAAGCAGGCUCGCAUCGAUUCAGGUCAAGAUGUCAUUGUCGGUGUCAACAAAUAUCGCUUGGCCAAAGAGGAUCCGAUUGAUGUUUUAGCCAUUGAUAACACAGCCGUUCGUCUGGGCCAGACCAGACGCUUGGAGGAAAUACGUAAGAAGAGGAACGUCGAAAAAGCAGAAGCAUGCCUAACGGCACUGACCGAAUGUGCUAAAACGGGUAAAGGCAACCUCCUUGCCCUUGCUGUUGAGGCUGCCAAGGAGAGGUGCUCUGUUGGUGAAAUCUCAUAUGCGUUGGAGAAGGUAUGGGGGCGCCAUUCACCUUCUAUCCGUGUUGUCUCUGGAGCAUACAAGUCUGAGUAUGGUGAUAGCAAUGACGUGAGCGAAACCAUUUCCUUGGUAGAAAAGUUUUUGAAAGAACAGGGAAGACGCCCACGUUUAUUGGUGGCCAAGAUGGGUCAAGAUGGGCAUGAUCGUGGAGCCAAAGUGAUUGCUUCUGGAUUUGCAGACUUGGGUUUUGAUGUUGAUGUAGGACCAUUAUUCCAAACACCAGCCGAAGUAGCACGCCAAGCUAUUGAUGCUGAUGUGCAUGUUGUUGGCGUCUCAUCUCAGGCAGCAGGCCACAAAACACUUGUACCACAAUUGAUUGCAGAGUUGAAGAAGCAAGGAGCCGGAGACAAGCUUGUGAUCUGUGGAGGUGUUAUCCCCCAACAGGACUAUCAGUUCUUGUAUGACGCUGGCGUCACUUCUGUGUUUGGUCCUGGCACCCGUAUCCCUGUAGCAGCACAAGAGGUAGUGAACAAGAUUGACGAAAAGCUGAAGCUAUAAAAUGUAGAUAAAAACAAAGAACGAGGGAAGAAAGUUGAAUAUUUUCGCAUUAGUAAUAGAAGCAUUGAGCACUGAGGAAAUAUCUUCAAAC